CAGGGUUAACCCUGCCCCUCAUGGGUUAAUCCCCUCCCUGUUUGUGUUCCCACAGGGGACAAGAUUCUGUCUGAGUCCCAUCUGGUAACACGUUCAUCACCAGCAGCCUCUCCUCCCUCCCCCCUCAAGCCUCCCCUCCUCUUCCAAAACCCAUAUUGAUUCAGCUCCUGGGUAAAGAAUCACCUUCAGCCGACAGACCCUCUCCAGCGUCCUGUGGGUCUGGCAAAGCCGGGGGACCCUACGGCCAAGAACCCCCCGCAUCUCAUCCCCCAGAGGGGGCAGAAGUGAGGGAGGGGGGGAGAUUGGUAGGUGGGAGAGAGCUGCACCUUUUCCAUAAGACACAAGGAGGUGUGUGUGUGUGUGUGCGUCCAUCUCAGCACCCGGAGCAGCCAGCAGGACCGGUACCAGCCUCCUAACUGGAUCCAGAGACCCAGCAGCCCUUCCCAGGGUCCGUCCGGAGGGCAGGAUGAUGCCUCUCGCUGGGGUUGCCUGGAACCUGCUGCUGCUUUUCUCAGCUGUACAAGGAACAACUGCCAUCCCCACUCGGGCAGCUCCCAUCUCUCUGACGGAGGGAGUCAGUGAUGCUUCGGGGGUACUCACCACAGCAGUUGGGGGGGCCUUCUCUUUGCCUCCCCAGCUCAGCACCCUUGUUCCACCACCGCCUGCUCCCACUGGGGGUCCAGGACCCUCUCCUGAGGCCGAGGAGGAGACAACAACCACCCUGAUCACUACAACGACUGUAACUACAGUGCAUAGUCCAGUGCUGUGUAAUAACAACAUCUCCGAGGCGGAGGGACUGCUGGAGGCUCCUGAGUAUGGAGGAGGCACUUUCUUUGGGGGCCUGGACUGUACCUACAGCGUGUCUGUGUAUUUGGGCUACGGAGUGGAGAUUCGGGUGGAGAGGCUAAACCUGUCCAAGGAGGAAGCGCUAAGCAUAGAGGGGCUGGAGGAGGACCGGCGUUUCCUACUGGCCAACGAGACACUAAUGGCAGAAGGUCAGGUGAUCCGGAGUCCAACCAAUCACGUUGCAGUGCGCUUCCAAACAUACCGUGCCACCAACCCAGGGGCGUUUAGACUCCGUUAUCAAGCCUUCGUGCUCAGCUGUGUGUUCCCACCUCGGCCUGAGAAUGGGGAGGUCACAGUAACAGAUUUACACCCAGGAGGAGCCGCCAACUUUCGUUGCUCUCCAGGAUUUACCCUGAAAGGGGGCGAGUCCCUUGUCUGCCUCAAUAUCAGCCGCCCCGAGUGGAGUGGGAAGCCCCCAGUGUGUGCAGCAUCCUGCGGGGGAAUUAUCCGGAAUGCCACCGUGGGGCGCAUCGUCUCCCCCGAUAUCACCGCCAGUCAUGGCAGUAACCAUGGGAAUAACCUGAGCUGCCAUUGGCUGAUUGAAGCCGCGGAGGGGCAGAGGUUACACCUGCACUUCGAAAGGGUGUCGCUGGACGAGGACAAUGACAGGCUUGUUGUGCGCUCAGGGAGUUCCCCUCUGUCUCCUGUCAUCUACGACUCCGAUAUCGACGACGUCCCAGAGAGGGGCCUUCUGAGCGAUGCACAGUCUCUCUAUGUGGAACUCAUCUCUGAGAACCCGGCGGUCCCCCUGCUGCUCAGCCUGCGCUAUGAAGUAUUCUCAGAGUCUCGUUGCUAUGAACCAUUCUUGGCCCACGGGAAUUUCACCACCACGGACCCUCUCUACUCCCCCGGCUCGCUGGUUUCCUUCUCCUGCAAUGCAGGGUAUAUGCUGGAGCAGGGCCCCCCUGUGAUAGAGUGCGUGGAUCCUGCCGACCCCCACUGGAAUGAAAGUGAGCCAGUCUGUAAAGCUCUGUGCGGUGGGGAGAUUUCUGAGCCCGCGGGGGUGAUCCUGUCUCCUGAUUGGCCACAGAACUACGGGAAGGGGCAGGACUGCGUAUGGGGCAUUCACGUGCAGGAGGAUCGGAGGGUUCUACUGGAGAUAGAGAUCCUGAACAUCCGGCGCAGCGAUGCCCUUACUGUGUAUGAUGGGGACGAUCUCACCGCCCGGGUCUUGGGCCAGUACAUGGGCGUCCACCAACGGUUCAACCUCUUCUCCUCAGCCAACGAUGUGACCCUACAGUUCCAGUCUGACUCCAACGACCCGGUGUUCAGCCUUAGUCAGGGCUUCAUCAUUCACUUUAAAGAGGUGCCACGCAACGACACAUGUCCGGCCCUCCCUGAGGUACCAAACGGCUGGAAGACCUCCUCACACCCAGACCUGAUCCGGGGGACUGUAGUGACCUAUCAGUGUGAGCCUGGCUACGAUAUCUCUGGCUCUGACAUACUGACCUGCCAAUGGGAUCUCUCAUGGAGCAACGCUCCUCCCACCUGCGAGAAAAUUUUGAACUGUGCAGACCCCGGAGAGAUCGCUAAUGGCGUACGGCGGGCUUCCGACCCACGUUUCCCCAUUGGCUCCCAUGUGCAGUAUUCCUGUAACGAGGGCUAUACCCUGGAGGGGAGUCGCAUUCUGACUUGCUACAACCGAGACACAGGGACCCCCAAAUGGAGCGACCGCAUCCCCAAGUGUGUCUUGAAGUACGAGCCAUGUCUGAAUCCCGGCGUGCCAGAGAACGGCUAUCAGACUCUCUAUAAACAUCACUACCAAGCAGGGGAGGCACUGAGGUUCUUCUGCUACGAGGGCUUUGAGCUUAUUGGAGAAGUCACUAUCACCUGUGUCCCUGGGCACCCAUCACAAUGGACCAGCCAGCCCCCACUGUGCAAAGUUGCAUACGAGGAGCUGCUGGACGACAGGAAGUUGGAAGUGACCCAGACAACCGACCCAUCCCACCAAAUGGAAGGCGGGAACAUCGCUCUUGCUAUCUUUCUGCCCAUCAUCCUUGUCAUCUUGCUGAUUGGAGGCAUUUAUAUCUACUACACCAAGUUCCAAGGGAAGUCGCUCUUUGGAUUUUCUUUCCCAGCAUCUCACUCCUACAGUCCCAUCACCGUGGAGUCCGACUUUAACAACCCAUUAUACGAGGCUGGGGAUACACGGGAAUAUGAAGUAUCAAUCUGACGCAGGGGCGGUUACGGGAUCGGGGGUACGGGCAUACACGGGAAUGUAUCUAAUUAUACACAGAAUGAGGGGGGGUCGUUAUGUACAGAGCUGCACAGUCCCCCACCAACCGACCUUCCAUCCUUCACCUUGUGAUGUUCCAUCGCUCACUGUGUGAACUUUCACUUUUGUUAAAAAAAAAAAAAAUUAAUGAAAUGUCAUUUGUGCCAAAGUAACCCUUUCAAUGCCUGGGCUCCCGCGGGGGCCUGCAGAAUGUCACCCCCCCCAUUAGGCCUCUCCAUCAGAUGUGCAAAACUUUCCCCCAGCAUCUCUCCAUUCAGCCACUGUGCCAUUAUCAUCCUGCCCGGGUGGAGGAGGAGAAGGAGCGCAAGCUCAGUUGCCAAGCCCACAACUUUGUCUCAUCUGUUUGAUGACCUAAUUCCGGAGAUUGAAAAAUACCUACAAAGCUGCAGUUUCCUUGAGCGAAGGGCAGCAGAUAUUCUUAAAUCUCCCCCCACGGCGUUUGUCUGCAUCACUCUCGGUUACGCUUCUCAAACUGGCUUUAUUUUCAGGCAAUAAAGAGCGAGAUUUGUAAAA